AACACACGCUCGACCGGCCGUAUACAUCAUCUCCAUCAUAUGUGCUCCCCUCCAUCCACCUAGAGCUAUCAAAUCGGCGAUACAUUCUCGGUGAUGGUUCCUGCCGCGCCCCGGCUGCUCGCCGGCAUUGUCGCCGCGGCGGCGGCGCUGCUGUUGCUGCUAGUUGCGCCGUCGGCGGCAGAGCUGACGCGGGUGGAGCACCCGCCCAAGACCGAGGGCUCCCUCGCCAUCCUUGCCGUUGGCGACUGGGGGCGCAAGGGGCAGUUCAACCAGACCCUGGUGGCCCAGCAGAUGGGAGUGGUGGGGGAGAAGCUGGACAUUGACUUCGUCAUCUCCACGGGCGACAACAUCUACGACGACGGCAUUGCCAACACCAGCGACCCGCUCUUCAAGGAGUGCUUCACCAACAUCUACACCGCCCAGAGCCUCCAGACGCCGUGGUACAUUGUACUCGGUAACCAUGACUACACGGGCAAUGCGCUGGCGCAGCAAGAUCCCGCCAUCCGCGAAGUGGACAGCCGGUACCUCAACCUUGCCAAGUCCUUCAUCGUCAACUCAGGAAUCGCGGACUUCUUCCUCGUUGACACGUCACCGUUUUACCUCAAGUACUGGAACAGCAGCAAGUACGAUUGGAGAAACGUUUCUCCUCGCGACACCUAUAUCGAAAACCUCCUCAAGGAUCUGGAUGAUGCCCUUGUCCAAUCCGAGGCUCCAUGGAAGAUUGUGGUUGGUCACCACCCCAUCAGCAGCGGCUGCGAGCAUGGCAACACCACUGAGCUCCAGGAGUUGCUCCGACCAAUUCUUGAGGCACGCGGGGUUGACAUGUACGUGAACGGCCAUGACCACUGCUUGCAGCACAUCAGCAGCAGAAACAGUCCAGUUCAGUUCAUGACAAGCGGCGGUGGGUCCAAGGCAUGGGCUGGCAAGUUCAAGACCACAUCUGACAAGAUAGAGUUCAUCUACGACGGCCAGGGAUUCAUGUCGAUGAAGUUGAGCAACACGGAGGCGCACCUAGUCUUCUACGACGUCGCUGGCAAUGUCCUCCACACCUAUGACAGCACCAAGAGCGAAGAAGAAGAAGAAGAGGAAGAAGAAGAAGAAGAUGUUGACUAAUUAGCUGCGCUAAGCUAUAGAUGGCUGGGGUAUACUGGACAACAACCUGUGCGUGUGGGUCCAUUAUUCAGGGCAGCUGAAUGUGUGUGUGAGCUGGAAGCAGUGUAGUUCGUUUGUGUGGUUUAUUAUGUGUCGGUGUAAGUUUAAAAAUUUGCGUGGGGUGGAGAAGAGAGGAUUGUGUCUCCUAGUUGGGUCACAUGAGGGCCUCACGACUAGAAAUCACUAUAAAAUUAAAGCA